AUGGCGACUGCCGUAUUCCUUGGGUUGCUUUUCGUACUCAAGGCGUCGUUGCAUCAAGGCGCUGCGUUGGGCCUGGAUACGAAGCCAAAGAUGAUCUUCUUCGUCACGCCGACGCACCGACGGAUGAAUCGACUGGCUGACAUGACGAGGCUGGCGAACACGUUGCGCCAGGUGCCCGCUCUGCACUGGAUUGUCGUGGAGGACGGGGACUGGACGGUCAAGGCAGUAGAUGACAUUCUACGCCGCUCCCAACUACCGUACACCUAUUUGGCCGGGGUCGCGCCGGGCGUACGACGAUCCGAUGAUGCAAAAGGCUGGUGGCAGCGUAACACGGCGCUCGAAUAUCUGCGGAACAACACGAAGAAAAUCGUCGGCCCCGACCUCCAAGCCAACGUCUACUUUGGCGACGACGAUAACACGUACGACCUCCGCCUCUUCGAGGAGUGCAUCAGAAGGGUGGAGCGUCUCGGUGUGUGGCCCGUCGGCUCCGUCGGUGGCGUCGUAGCCGAGGCACCAAUCGUAGAAAAUAAUGUGGUAGUCGACUGGUUGGUGCGCUACCUGCCGUCAAGCCCGUUUCCCGUGGAUAUAGCCGCGUUUGCUAUCAGCCUGGACAUUGUUAUCAGG